AUGAGAGUAAGAAAGAGAACCUCGAGAAGAACCUCUACCCGUAUGAGGGAAGGUAUUAAGAAGAAGGCUGCUGCUCAAAAUAGAAAAGAAAAAAAAUUGGCCAAGAAAGACCCAACAUGGAAGUCUAGAGCCAAGAAGGACCCUGGUAUUCCAGCCAGUUUUCCUUAUAAGGCCAAGAUUUUAGAAGAGAUUGAAGCCAAGAAGUUGAAGGAUCUCGAAGAAAAGGAAUUAGCUAAACAACAAAGGAUGGAAGCCAAGAGAAGAGCACAAGAACUUGGGGAAUUAGAUAUGGAUGCUGACUUAGAAGAAGAGGAGGAUGCUGGUAAUGGUUUGACUGCAUUGAUGGAAUCAGCCCAACAGGCGGCUAUGGCUUACGAAGGCGAUAAUGGCCAGGCUUUUGGCACUGAAGGUGAUCUAGAUAUUGUUGAUCAUGACAUCGAUUUCUUUGCAGGAUCUGAAGAAGGUGACACUGAAUUAGAACAAUCA